UUUCGUUUUUAAUUAUUUUAUUGAUAUACGAAUCAGAUGUGUAAGUUUGCUUUCAUAGAUCUCAGGGAUCAAUAAUGAUAAGAUAGUGAAUAGAGAGGGAAUCAUGUGUUUCCAAAGUUUAUCGGGCGUAUCUUGUAAUCGCCUCUUGGCGAAUGAAAGUUAACCUAAAAAAAAUAAACUAAGUAGAGGAUAAGAACUAGACCAACCUAAGUAUGGAAUUGGUCGAAAGAGGUGUAAUUUUGCUGCAAAAACAAGAAGGAUUAAACAAUUCUUGAAAUCAAUGAUUGUGCAAUCACAAUGUGUUAGAUAACUUUCUGGAAUUGCAACACACUCUCUUCUUGAAAAAAAAAAGAAAAAGAAUAUUGCAUUAUAUCUCGUGCAUAAAUUUACAAUUGUCUAUGUCAGGUUAAAGUUACUUAAAAAAAAUCGCACUGUGCCAACGAUUCAAAUGCUAAUGAAUCGGAUAAUAUUGCCGGUAAUAUGCUAAUGAAUGAAUUGAGGAUUAAUUUUAUAUACAACAUCGUAUAAUGCUGUCAAUCAAAUCAUAGAGAUGUUACGUCGAAAUAGGUUGAAACAUAGAAUAAUAUCCAUUGGAUUCAUCAUUCUUGUGACAAUAUUUUACAAUGAAUUUCUUGUAUACGAAGUUCAAAAAUUCAAGUGGGCUAUGCGCGAGUGUUCCGAAUGUGUCAAGGUCCUUCUCGUCGCAGAUCCACAAAUACUCGGGGAAAAGUAUGAGAAUUAUUUUGGCUCAUGGGUAGCAAGAUGGGAUAGCGAUAGGUACUUGGAAAAGACUUUCUCGAGAGCAGUAAAAUAUUCUCAACCACAUGUUAUUGCCUUUCUUGGUGAUCUUAUGGAUGAAGGUCAUAUAGCUAAUGCGGAAGAUUUUGAAAGAUAUAAAAGAAGAUGGGAUUCAAUAUUUUCAAUGCCAGAAGACACAAUGAAAAUUUAUUUGCCAGGUGAUAAUGACAUUGGAGGUGAGGAUGAUCUUGUAUCUCCUAACAUCCAUAAAAGAUUCAAUUUUGCAUAUACUCAACCAGAUACAUUAGUUUAUAAAACUGUUACCUUUUUCAAGAUAAAUAGAUUAACACGUACAAUGCCAGACGCGCCAAAGGAUGCAUUUCUUAAUGAUUACGCAGAAAGGAAUACGACCAAUGUUAUUCUCAGUCAUAUGCCUCUAUUAUUUAUGCCUGGCAGCUUUGUACAAAAUGUAAUCAAAGAGUUAUCACCACAAGUGAUUUUUACCGCGCACGAGCAUAAAGCGAUGCAUGUAAGUUUAGACACGGCGACAGAUCAGUUGAGUGAGAUUUGGAUUCUUCCACCAUACGAAACGCCUCUAUAUCAAUUGAGAAUGGAUGUAGGGGAUAUUCAUGAAGUACAAAUACCGACUUGUUCUUAUAGAAUGGGUACACCGCAUAUGGGUUAUGGACUUGCUUAUAUAGAUACGCAAGAAAAGACCGUCGAGUUCACGAUUUUAUGGUUACCAGGCAGGUUUCCACAGCUAUGUGCUUAUAUAUUUAUUGUUAUACUGGUCAUUGUACUUGCCACUUGUUCUUUCGUCUCAGGCUGCUGUGCGAAAAGCUAUGCAACUUACAGUCGUAUACCUUCCGUAUAGAGUAGCGUACAAUCAAAAGUACUUAUAACAUACUUAAAUAGUGAAUUAACUUGGCGUAAAUUAGAGACAAAGAUCCGUCCAGAAAAUAUGGUUUCUUUAUACUGUCUGCAUUAAGUUUCGAGUAAAAUGAAGCUAUAUAUAAUGAUUUUUUAUUAGUUGUUAUUUCAAAAUGAGUAAAAAAUUAGAUUAUGAUGAUUGCAAUCAAAUCAAAUUUAUUUUUAUUAGAUUUAUAUUUUCAAUAUUUUUAUUUUCUCUUAAGUUUCUGAAGCAAAGUACUUUUAAGAAAUUUUCUUUCCUAAAAACUUUUUUAAAGUACUUAUGUCGAGAGUAUCCAUCUUUAUAUCUAUCUUAAUCAUUGUUCAUUUGUCAUGCAACUGAACAAUAUGGUAUAAUGCCAAACUUAUAAUACUCUAUUCAUCAACAGUGCCAGUUUUAGGGAUGUAUCAAUACGCUCCUCUCUUUUGAGUGUAUAUAAAUUUAAAUAAUUUGAACAAUUUCUUAGAUUUAUUAUAAGAAAUUACAAGUAUUAAAUUAUUUCUUAUAAUACAAUUAAAAUGUACAUUUAUUCUGAUUUAAACAUCCUUAAGUGGCUAUAUGUUUCGUUAAACUUUAAAAAUACUCCAGGAUACUAAAAAGUAUAUAUAUAUAUAUAUGUGUGUGUAUAGUGAUAUUUUUCGUAGAAUACCUUCAUGUUUUGUUAUGAAGUUUCUUCUAAAUGCAAUGCCAAACUUCAACAAGACUUUUGCCACUAUCAUUUAACCAAAUAAUUUCUCCCAUACUGAGUGAUGUAAAAAAAAUAUUUGUUCAAAUUUCAGUAUGCCAAGAAAAUAAUAAAAGAAAUCCGUCGAUUGUACUUUCUUUUAGUUGAAGAGAUAAGAGAUUUUAUCGCAUCAUAUAUACAUGUUGUAAGAUUUAGAAAUAUAAGAAAAAAAUUGUUGAACAGAGUUUGUUUUAGCGGUAGAUCAAUUUAUAUUUCUCAGCGAAUCUAUAUACAUCUUUGCCUGAAAUAAAUGUUAAAUGUUGGAAUAAA